AUGAUCACCGACGAGAUUCGUUUCAGUAUAAUAGACGCCGUUUACUUGAGACCAGGUAUUUGGGAUUGUCAAAGGUACGAGAAAACCGUUGGCCCGUCAAGGAAGGAACUUUUCGUGGAAGUAACAAAUCUGAUUAAUCAACAGAAUCAGCUUGAUCCAGAGCUCACACCCGAAGAAGUGGAGAAACAAUGGAAGAAUUUGAAGGAUACCUACGUGAAGACAAGAAAGAAGCUUUCAUACAACAACGAUAGCAUGCCAGUGACUCCGAAAUGGAAAUUCUACAGCUCCCUGAUGUUUUUGGAUGAUUUGUUCAGAACAUUACAAAACGACGAAUCGAUGAACGCGAAACGCAUACCACCUCCGCCGUCGGAAGAUGCUGAAGAUGAGGACGAGUAUAUGGCAUUUUGUCGUUCCCUUCUACAUCCACUACGAGAGAUCGCAUACAAAGACCGUAUUCAGUACCUUAAAGUUCAGAAAGCAAUUCGUGAUCUUUUACAUGACGCACAAAUGGAUAUGCUUCUCACUCAUAUGCGAUAG